CCUGUACCAGGGCUGUGCCUGGAGCAAACUGGAGCAGUGGCUGGGCUGGAAGCUUGGAAAAAACCUGACCCAACGAAGAAAAACCAAGUGAAAGAGGACUGGAGCACGGCAGGGAGCCAUCCUGCGUGUCAGGCGGGACCCCAGCACUGAGCAGCAGGUUUUCCCACACAGCUGAGCCAUCAGCUCCCCGGGGGAGAUGAGCAUUUCGUCAGAGCACAAGCCCCUUGCGAAGCAGGUGACCAGCAGCCUGCAUACAGUGAGUAAGUUGUCACCAAUCGUGGAGUUAAAUGUUGGCGGGGAGAUGUACACGACAAUGCUGAGCACCUUAAAGAAACACCCUGGCUCCAAGCUGGCAGAGAUGUUCACCGGCCAGCCCAAACUCAGGACUGACUCCGAAGGGAGGUUCUUCAUCGACAGGCCAGGCACCUAUUUCAAAUACAUCUUAGAGUACCUGCGCAGUAACCAAGUGCCCACCCAGUGCAUCCAGGACGUCUACAAGGAGGCGUUGUUCUACGACAUCGAACCUCUAAUCAAGCAGCUAGAGGACUCCCCGCAGAUCUUCGGGGAGCUGGUGGCGAGGAAGCAAUUUCUGGCUCGUGUGCCCAACUACAGUGAGAACGUCGAACUGAUGAUCCGCAUCGCGAGGGCGGAAGCGGUCGCAACCCGCCAGUCCAGCGUCAUCGUGUGUGUGGUCAGAACUGAGGAGGACGCGGCCAGAUGUCAGGACGCCUUGAGCAGCUUGGACAUGGAUAAAAAAUCCGUGGUGAAGUUUGGUCCCUGGAAGGCAGCACCAAGUAUUUCUGAUCUGUUGGACUGCAUUCAAAUGGAUGUAGAAGCCAAAGGGUAUAAAAUAUCCUUUCAGCCCCACGUUGCUGAAAAAGGUUUUCGCUUCAAAUCGCAUGACUUCUUCUACAAGUUCCUGUUCACCUGGUGGUAGUAAAGUGCUGCCAUCGAUGGAGAAUGGAAGACAGCUAUUAUUAAAACAAAUUAACUUGGGCUGUGGAGACUAAGCCAUGGACUACUUGAGGGACAGGAUGAAAUGCAUGGGCCAACUAAAGGAUCUCCUUUCAUCGUCGGACAAAUUGAAGAGCACUUAUAAGCCACUGUUUACCUGGGCUUUAGGGGAUAACUGUACAAUUUAAAAGGUAUCAGGAAAAGGAGGAAUUUUACUCUUUGUGCUGCUGACAAUUAAAUAAGUUCAGAGAGCCAGAUCUAAGGGUCAAGCCAACCUCACUCGACCUAAGAGAAAUGAAUAAUCCCAAAUACAUCUCAUGGACAUGCAGAGUUGGUCUCUCAGUGAAACAGGAACAGGUCACACACAUGCAAUUCCCGAUGUAAACACUGAUAGCUGCAUUAACACAUGCUCAAAUUAAAUUUGGAUCCCUAACAAGAAGACAAAAGCGCUUUUUCUCACUGUUUUCCAUACCAGAAUUUAUGUUAAAAGAAUUUUUUAACCUCCGUGCUCUUCUUGUUCCUCCAGUAGACAGCCUACUCUCUAGACAAUGUAUUUAUUACUGUUAUUUAUUAUUUAUUCUGAAGGAAAGACAGAGAGCCUCAGCUAUGGUCCAGGAUCGACAAAAGGUAAAAAUACCAUUACUGAUCUGAGGAGCUUAUAAUGUAAGGACAUGCACUCCUCUCUCAGGCCACACUAUUUUAAUAUUUUCCUUAUGACAUUCAUUAUUAUUAUGAUACUAUUUCUAAAUACAUAAGCUUCUGGAAGAAUAGGGAAAACCCACCAUAAUUUGAUGGGUGGGUCUGUCAUUGAAGUGACAGUCUGGGACCUCAGUGCAAAUUCUCCUUUACAGACCACAAGUUGGGUCCUACAUUGUGUUUUAAAAAUAAUAGUAUUCUAAAGCUUAUUUUUAUACCGGACAUGGCUGUCAGCUUGGUUUUAAUCACUCUG